CAUCUUACCUCUGCUCGCACAGGCAGGGAGGGAGUGGGCUGAGGACUGAGAGGAGCCCCGGCGGGCAACAACAGCGGAGAGGAGCCCCAGCGGGGAGGAACGGUCCUCGGAUGUUUGUCUUCAUUGCGUUCCACCCCCACACGGAGAGAAACCUACACGGUUGUGGUUGUGGUUUGUGGUUUUCCUCUUCGGUGUCCGGUUCGAAAACCCGCUCCCAUCAAACCAGUCAGGCUGCUAGCAGCGGAGCUAAGCUAACGGCUAGCCGGGCCAUCUUGCUGUUCGAUGGCCCAGCUGUGGUAGUCGGCGGCGGAUUGAGGACUGUAGCUUCGCUUGGUAACAUUUUGGCUGGUGGUGGAGGGCUGUUUUCCUGGCGUGGACUGAUCCAGGAUCACAGCACCAAGACAAUGUUUGGACUAGCGUGCCAGAGUCUUAUUUUACUUGUUAGCAUGUCGUGAACACACUGGUCAACUUUUCCUUCUCUGUGACGGUUAGCUCUGAGAAAAAGUGGAAGUUUUAAGAAAUAAGAGGAAUCUGGAGCAAUUUAAACAGCAGCUAUUUUAGCUAACGUCAUUAACGGAUGGAAGUCGACACGAUCCCGCUUUGGAAAUCCGAUAAAUCAGUGCGAAUCGAUAAAAAAAUGUCGUGUUUGAUGCCGGAGAAGAAAGCUGUUCAUCUGCUCGACAUUUGGACUGAAAUGCCAACUGAAAAGCCAACGUUACUGGUGACAUUAGCUUCUCUUCCGCAGUGAAUCGGCCUGUUCAGAUGCCUUUGAUCCCGAUGAACAGAGCUAAAAGUCGGGUUGUUCGGUGGUGCUUCCUGCUAACACAUCCAGCUCUCUGACCGGGCCUGUCCUCAGAUUAUCGGGUUAUACCUGCAGCUCCGGAUUCACCUCAUUUCACGCUGGUUACAUGUGACCGACUGAUCACGGUAAACCGUUAAACGGGACUGAAUUCACAGUUUGGACAGUGACAUGUUGAAGGUACUCGGUGUUCAGCACAAGACGGAAAGAGUUUAAAGGAACGCUAAUCCUGGUUGUCUUCGCUUUGGGAUUAUAAAAGAAAUUGAGGAAAUUCCUCUGGAUCCACGAUGGGAUCAGCGACCAAACUGGCUUUCAGUGUUUUCCUCAUCUCGUGCUCCUCAGGUGCAAUCCUGGGCCGCUCAGACACUCAGAAGUGCAUCCGCUACAACUACAACCCUUCGUCCUCGUCUGUGUCGGAGGAUCAGGGGAACCUCAGCAGGGUGGUCACCUGUGUCGGAGAGAAAGAUAAGAGACUUCACUGCUUCGCGACCUGGAAGAAUGUGUCCGGAGUGGUCCAGGUGGUCAAACAGGGCUGCUGGCUGGAUGACGUCAACUGUUACGACAGAAGUGAAUGUGUGGAAAAGAAAGAUGCUCCUGAAGUCUUCUUCUGCUGCUGUGAAGGACGUUUGUGUAAUGACAAGUUCUUCUACAUUCCUGACAGCAACCAGCCCCCGAUACCAACAACCAACAAACCAGUGACAGCGAAGCCUCCUGUGCUGACCACUCUGAUGUACUCACUGGUUCCCAUCAUGGCCGUCACUGCCAUUGUUCUCUUCUCCUUCUGGAUGUAUCGGCACCACAAACUGGCCUACCCACCUGUUCUGGUGCCCACACAGGACCCAGGCCCUCUGCCCCCCUCCCCCAUCCUGGGCCAGAAGCCCCUGCAGCUACUGGAGGUCAAAGCCAGGGGGCGCUUCGGCUGCGUGUGGAAGGCUCAGCUCCUGGGAGAAUACGUCGCUGUCAAAAUCUUCCCCAUCCAGGACAAGCAGUCGUGGCAGAACGAGUACGACAUCUUCAACCUGAACGGGAUGAGACACGAAAACCUGCUGCAGUUCAUCGGAGCUGAGAAGAGAGGAAGCAACAUGGACGUGGAGCUGUGGCUCAUCACCGCUUACCAUGAGAAGGGUUCACUGACUGACUACCUGAAAGCAAACGUCCUCUCCUGGUCUGAACUGUGUCUCAUCGCUCAGUCAAUGUCUCGUGGUCUCGCCUACCUGCACGAAGACAUACCUGGACACAAGGAUGGACACAAACCUGCCAUCGCACACAGGGACUUUAAGAGUAAGAACGUUCUGCUGAAGUCAAACCUCACCGCCUGUGUCGCUGACUUCGGCCUUGCUCUCAGGUUUGAGGCGGGAAAAUCUCCUGGUGACACACAUGGACAGGUGGGGACCAGGAGGUACAUGGCCCCAGAGGUCUUGGAGGGGGCCAUUAACUUCCAGAGAGACGCCUUCCUGAGGAUAGACAUGUACGCUCUGGGUCUGGUGUUGUGGGAGCUCGCCUCACGCUGUAAAGCUGCUGAUGGUCCAGUGGACGAGUAUAUGCUGCCGUUUGAGGAGGAGGUGGGUCAACAUCCAUCACUGGAGGAUAUGCAGGAGGUGGUGGUGCACAAGAAGCUGAGACCGGCGCUCAGAGAGUGCUGGCAGAAACACGCCGGUCUGGCAGUCCUCUGUGAGACCAUUGAGGAAUGCUGGGAUCACGAGGCCGAAGCUCGGCUGUCGGCCGGCUGCGUAGAGGAGCGCGUUGUGCAGAUGCAGCGGCAGACGAGCAUCGCGGCGCCCCAGGAGAUUGUCACAGUUGUCACCAUGGUAACCAACGUGGACUACCCGCCUAAAGAGUCAAGCUUAUGACACAGCGGAGGACCGAUCAGGAUGGAGCACGGACUCCCUCAGUGAGCGUUGUCUGUCUCUGAUUCAGGCGGGGUCUAGCUGGUCAGGUGACCUGGACGUACACGUGGUGGAGAGUCUGUCUCGCUCUCUCUCUGCGGGAUGAGCGACCCUCUGACAUCAUUUCCUCUUUUGUAUUACAAAUGAAAGACUUCCUGGACGGACGUUUUCUACGAUCAAGUGACACUAAACAGUCUGUUUGGUUUCAGCUGUAGUUUUUGUUUCUCUGAAUGACGUGAUGCCAAUAAGACGCAGCUUCUGAAUGUCCCUGUCACUGCUGUAUAUAUCGAAAUGUAUACGGAUAUAUUUACAUCGUCACCUGAGAGUCAGAGAGGUUAAUAAUCAGGUUAUUGAUCCAGACAAAGUCUUUACACAACAAAAAUACUCGGAGGAGAAACGGCUUUGAUUCUCUGCGAGCUAAAGCUGAGACAUGUGAAAGAUUAAAAUGUUGAAUUCUAAUGAAAUCAAAGAAAGAAAUGAAAUGUGUCACAUGUUCUACUGGAAGCUGAUUAUUUUAUAUGUUGUCUUGGUUGGUAGUAUGGAAAUGUAGUCACAGCUGUAAGCUGACUUUCUCUACUUUAUCCUUUUCUGGACUCUUUCAUGGCCAGACUUCAGCUCAUCUCUGCAACAGCUCAAAGUGAAGGACAGAAAACUGACUGUUUAUUUAUUCAUCUUCAGUUUAUUCACCUGUCGAGUCAUCACCUUGGAAACUGAUGGACUGUUUUCUGAUGAUGUCGAAGCUAAAUUAGUCACCGAGUCAUUGAAAAAUGAUUUUAUAUUGAUCGAUAAUGAAAGUCAUCUCUCGUUACAGCCCCAGUAACAUCUGUUGUUUUUCUUUGUUAGACUUAGUUUUAAUUGUGAUCUUAAAUAGAAUUCGCUCUAAACUCUGAAUCAAAAGGACAAUCAACACACCUUUUUAAUUUUUAGAAAAUGUUUGUUCAGAUGUUAAUCAGAAGUCCGGUUCCUCCUGUCGAUCAGCGGAUCGAUGACACAGAGUCAGUCUUCUGUGAGACGACCAUCAGACUGUGAUGACGAGUGCGAAGAAGAAAAUGUGAACAUCAGAAAGUGAUGAAUAUUUAAAGCUCGUCAUCAUUCGUCUGUCUGUGUUUGACUCGAGACAUUUUAAUGUUCUUCUCCAAUAUUUACUGUCGGUCUCCUGUUUUCAGUCUGUUUGAUUGUAUGGAGCCUCAAAACUGACAAAAUGUAGUGAAACAUUAUCAAACAAGUCAAAAAUCAAAUUGAUUUUAUGUAAGUGACAAGGACUGAUGUGACAAAGUUUGUCUGAAGAAGAAAAAGGACAAAAUAAAUCCACUCAGCUCAAAUAUGUCAAAGUGAAAUUGGAAUUUAUGAAAAAAAUAAAUUGUGCAAAUGUUGUUGAGGGAAGACGGAAAAAUUAAAUGUCUAUUUUUAUCAGAAAGAAGAAAAAUGGGAAAGCUCAUGAAUCAAAAAAUAAGAGUAAAUAGUUUUAUGUAUAUUAUCAAAUUAUUUCAGGUAAAGGACAAAAAAGCUUUUUAUUUCUUGUUCUGCUCUUUUUAAUUGUUGAACAGUAUAAUUUAUUGAUGUUAUAUUUUUUACUCAUAAUCUUUUGUCGGCUUCGUGGCUCCGUACGUUUGGAUUUCAAAAUGUCUCAGGAAAGACUUUGUUUUAUUGUAUUUAGGCCAAAAACUCUUCUUUGACGUUCACUGUUUGUUUCUGCCGAGAUAACGAACGUACUCGGCAGCAUCGUCACGUCGCUCGUUACCCAGGAGGCUUUUCUCGCCGCUGCCUGAGACUGGGACAACUUUGAGUUUUAGGACAGUUUAUAGCAAAACAAUCUGCUGAUACCAGUUUCAACACAACCUGCAGCGUCGUUUUUGUCCCAUGAGAAUUUGAUCGAAGGAGCAAACGUCUGUUCUGAUGUUAAAUGACUCGAUGUGACUCGACCUGAGGUGAUGUGAUGUGACUCGACUCGAUGUGAGACGAUGUGACUCGACAUGACGUGUUUCAGCUUCGUGUAACAUGACGUGACUCGACCUGAUGUGACUCGAUAUGAGGUGACAUGAUGUGACUCGACAUGACAUGUUUCAGCUUCAUGUAACAUGACGUGAGUCGACCUGACGUGACUCGACAUGAUGUGACUCGACCUGACGUGACUCGAUAUGAGGUGACAUGAUGUGACUCGACUUGAUGUGAGACGAUGUGACUCGACCUGAGGUGACAUGAUGUGACUCGACAUGACGUGUUUCAGCUUCGUGUAACAUGACGUGACUCGACCUGAUGUGACUCGACCUGACGUGACUCGAUAUGAGGUGACAUGAUGUGACUCGACUUGAUGUAAGACGAUGUGACUUGACAUGACAUGUCUCAACUUCGUGUAACAUGAUGUGACUCCGCAUGACAUGACUCGACCUCAUGUGACUCGACCUGACUUGACUCGACAUGAUGUGACUCGACACGUGACUUGGCGUGAUGUGAUGCGAUUUGACACACCACGAUGUGAGUGGACUUGAUGCGACGUGACAAGACGAUACGACACGACGGGACUUUGUGUGACACAACGUGAUGUGACACGGCGGGACACGACACGGUGUGACACGAUGCAUCACGACGCAGCCGUCGGGCGCCGCGACCCUUUAAAGUCGCCUCCAUCGGGCUGACGUGAUGUUUGUUCAGAAUCAGAAGCAGAGAGGCGUUCAGGGACCCACGGCUCAGUCAGACCUGUCACACCUGGCUGUGGUCUGAUCUUCUAACAGGUGUGUUGAAGCUGAAGCAGCUCAGACUGGUUUCCAGUUCAAACUGGUUUUUUUCUAUAAGGUCAGAGCAGCUGUGAAGACAAAGUGUGGAUCUUUCUUCCUCCUCUCUCUGAUGGUUGUGUCUGACGGUCAGAUGGAAAUCAAACCUGCACAGUUUGUAAAUAUGAAUGUUGUGAUUUUAGCAUGAGUUUGUUUUUUAUGGAGAAAAAAUCCUUUAUAAUAAUAUGACAAAUAGAUUUACGUUGUUUAUUUUAUAUGAUGUAAAAACAAUCUGAGUUUAUUAAUCAAUGUACUCAGAACACUAACUUCCUGUGUGUGCGUGCGUGCGUGCGUGCGUGCGUGCGUGCGUGCGUGCGUGCGUGUCAGAUACCUCAGUAGUCCCUGCUGGUGCUCAGCUCUCAUCAUGACAUCAUCCUCCUUCCUGUUGUUUCCUGUUUGGUUUGAUUUGUUUUUUCAUUUCUGUUGAAACGACAGAAACUCGUAUCUCUCUCUCUCUCUUGUAAUUAUGUGACACAGCGUUACGAACUUUGUUCUUCGGUGAGUUUGAUGCCCUUCUUUAAUUCAUUCUGUGUGAAUAAACCAUCAUGCUUGUUGGA